AUGGAACAAGCAAAAGUAAUUGAUUUUUUAGUUGGUACAUACACUGAUAAGAUAUUUAGAGUUGCAUUUGAUACUUCUAAAUCAACUUUAUCAAUUGUAGAUACUAUUUAAGUAAAGAAUGGAAGCUUCUUAUUCUAUAUUGAAGAAGAUAAAAUUUUGUUGAGUGUCAGCGAAACAUAAGAAAAUCCUUUAAUUGUAGUUGUUGAUUUAGAUUCUAGCUCUACUACUUAUAAGUAGGUAGUUUAAGAGCUUCCCACUCAUGGUGCUGAUCCUUGUCAUAUAGCAUACUCUAAAAAAAAUAAUUUGGUUCUAGUUUCUAACUACUCUGGUUCCUCUUUGUCUUACUACACAUACAAAGAAAAAAGAUUAGCUUUAGUAGAAACAAUACUUUACAAAGACAGCCCAACAGGUGAAAAAGGAAAUAAGGACAGGCAAGAAGCUCCUCAUCCUCAUAGUGUAGUCUUAGAUAAGAGCGAAAGAUAUGCCUUUUUAUAAGAUUUAGGUUGUGAUGUUAUCAGAAUUUACGAAUUAAAUGCUGAAGGAAAGCCAAUUGAACUCAAAAAAUCAUUUUAAGUUGCUUAUGGAAGUGGACCUAGACAUAUAUAUAACAAAGAAGACAGACUUUAUCUUAUCUCAGAACUCACUCAUGUAGUUUAUGUUUAUGAUUUCGAUAGCAACAAUGUUGAUCUCAAGCUUGUUACAGAAUUUUCAUUAUUCCAUUCAAACAACAAGCAAGAAAUAGCUACUUCAUAUAGUGCAGAAAUUAGGGUAGAUGAAUAAGAUUAAAUUUAUGUGUCAUGUAGAGAAGUAGAUAGAAUAUUUAUAUUAAACUAAAAUGAUAAUAAGUCUUCCACUCAUGAAUUUUCAGAUAAAUUUAACUUCCCCAGUAUCUCCACUCUUGGAAGAUGGCCCAGAAAUUUCAAGUUAACCGAAAAGCACCUCUUAGUAGCUAAUCAAAAAUCAAGCAAUCUCUUUGUAUUUGAUAAAUAAACAAACAAAGAAAUUGCUAAAAUAGAUGUUGAAAUACCUGUUUACAUUGAAUUAUUAAAUGUAUGA